AUGAAUGGAAAUCCUGCAUUUUUAUUUAAUACUACUUCAAUUACACGAGGCCUGGUCCCCCCUGAAAUGGAAAUCUCCGCUCCACCACAAGCUGCCAUGAACAGAAAUCUGACAUGGGAAACAAGAACACUUAUAGAUCAGGACAUUGCUCACCAAGGGCCACUGGGCAUCUUGAACGAAAAUUCGUCUCCGUCAAAUGAUGAUUCCUUAGCUGACCUAAGGCGACGAGCGGCCCAAAAUUGUUUCCUUUUCGAAAAAAACUUGAAAAAAAGAGAAGAAAAAUAAGAGGCAAUGAAGGAAAAAGAACGAAGAAAAAAAGAAGAGCGGACCAAGAAAGAACAACAAGCACUUAA